AUGGCCAAAAAGAAGAACGUAUCUAGAAAGAAGCAGAGAAAGGGGACGAAGGCCAGAAAGAUCCACCAAGAGACCGCUGAGCAGUUGGGUAAUCAGGGCGGCAAACAGGACAUGCCCAAGAAACAAGUGGCCACCGACGAGAAUGGCAGAAAGAUGACGGUCAUCAUGGGAGGAGAAGCGGAGAUGGAAAAGAUCUGGGACCGCAUGCAGGUGACCUUUGCCAUUCAAUCUCAGUUCAGUACAAUCUCCGAAAGGCUCGAGAGCGUCCGCUCAGCCAUCGAAACCAAGUCGACCACGAGCGAUCAGGAACAAGAAACCUUUAAGAAGGUGGAAGAUGAAGCUGAACAACUACUCGGUCGCAUGAGAGAUGCCGUUAACGCCAACAAUAGGCAGGCUGCUCAGCAAGGUGUGCAGAUUUCGGACCUGGUUUCUGUUGACUUGUCACUUAUGGAAGACUUACAUCUCAAAGAGAUUGUGACGGGAUUCGAGUUGGACCUGCUCAAAGUGACGAUGAGUUUGAAUUGGUGCGUCAGCGGUCUGCAUCAAGCUACUCAGCCGGUGGACCCUGACGGCCUUGACUGUGUCCCUUUGGACAAUGACAGAAUGCGUCUGAGAGGUGGUUGA